AUGGGAGUGAGAGUGGGCGGUGCUGUGCCAGCUGGUGAGGGGGCCGCCGAGCGGCGCCGUGCAGGCUUCGGCGAGCAGGACCCCUACGGCAACACAUUGGACCGUGCCAUGGAGGUGCUCGAGGCCAACAUCGAGCGGGAGAGCAUGCGCCCGCACCUCGUCACGGUCCAGGAGGUGCCCCUUGGGCCCCGCCAGCUGGAGGAUGCUCGCCGCCGAGCUCGCAGCACGGGCUACGCGGCCUGCUUGCAUGCUGCGGCGCCCACUGGACAUGCUGCCCCUGCCCGCUCAGGAGGCGUCGGAGUACUUGUCCGUGAGGACCUUCAGGCGCGGGGAGCUCAGGGGCGUGUGCCAGGGGACUUCAAGCACCGCAUGUUCGCCGAGGACCUGGUCCACAAGGCUGGGCCUACUUCCAGUGUGAUUUGUGGGCGGACGGUUACUGGCGCGGCCGACCGAGAUUUACGCGGUGGGCGAGUCACCGCGAGCCUCUGCGCGGGGCGGCGUCCCCGCGGUGCGGCCCUCGGCCUCAGGCUGCGGUGCGCAGAGCUCCGCAACGGCUGUGGCCAGGAUCCGCUCGUGCUGCACUCGGGUCAGCUCUCCCUGCCGCUGCUCAGGGGCGCGCUCGAGGCUGCGGCUUCGCGACAGGCGUCUGCAGCGGCGACCUGGGUUCACUGCAGCUUCCCUGUGGAUGCAGCUGCCUUCGCCCUGGGCAGGAUCGGCUGGUAUUUCAGGCCCGAGCGAUGCCUCAUCACGGACGCCGUGGACGUGCUGGACUUGGCGCUGGUGGGGCCGCGUGAGCCCGGCGUUGAGGCCAGCCGUGGGGCGAGGCUCGCCUCGGAUCGGCAUGAGAUGCGAACGCUGGCCAGUGCCUCUUUGUUUGUUUCCUUCCUGCGGGAUGCCCCCAAGGAGCUCAUCGGGCCAGGAGGCAAGCGCGGCGAGCGCGAGAGGCCGCCUGCCGACAAGCUCAAUGGCAAGCUGUACGUGGACGGCUCGUCGGUCGUCCUGCAGUUCUGCGCCCUGGGGCGCGCGGGCUGGGCGUUUGCUCAAUGCGACGACGACGGCAGCCUCUUCGUGGGCGUCUACGGGACCGCCGGGAGGGGCCUCCGUCCGCAGCAAUCGGCUCGUGGCUGCGAGGACGCCGCGGUCUGGGUGGUGAACUACGCGGGCCCUGCAGUCGAGGAGUUCGACAUCGACUGCCACGGCACGGCCGAGUGCUCACGUAGGGGGCUGGCCUAUGCGAUGGGCCUGAGCUGGAGCAGGAGCAGCGCGUCCUUCGAGCUUGGCAGCUCCAGGGUGUGCAAGGUGGCAGCCCACGGCGGCAGGCAGGCGGGGCUUGACGGGCGCUUCACGGAUGCGCAGAGGCGCAGCAACCUGCACGCCGACCGCCUCGCCAAGCUGGAAGCACAGCUCCGCGCCGAGGACGCCCUGACCUUGGGCGUGCACUGCGCCUUGGCGGGUUCCGCCCAGGAGCAGGCCCGCUGGGUGGGCCAGGCGGCGGUCUUCUGGCAGCACUUCGCGGAGAAGGGCAGUGACAGCUUCCUCGAGUCCGACGAGAGGCGGCAGGUGCGGGUCGCCGACCAGGAGGAGCGGACCGUGCCGCCCACUCCAUGCAGGCCGUUGGCGCAGCAGCUGCGAGUGGUGUGCGUCCGCUCAGAGGCCAGCGCGGUCGGCCUCUCCAUCGCCACGGCUGGCGCCCGCUGCCGAUGCCACCCCCUGGUGCACGCGUGCUGCGACGUAGGCGGGGAGUCCCUGGAGUCGGUGGCGGGCGGCAAGCGCGGCGCCCGCAUGGUCCUCGAUGGCCAAGCUGGAGGCCGCCCAAAGUUCAAGGAGCCGUGCAUCGGCGUGACG